AUGAAAUACAAAAGAGAGGAGUUAUCGAAAAAAGAUAUUGUUAUAAAAACAAAUGAAACUAAGAGUCUUUCUAUGUAUGAAGAAGCUGACGAUUUUUCUAAUUCUACAUUGUCUGACGUUGAUAAUUCGUAUAAGUUCUGGUAUAAUAUAGAAGACGGAGGUAUAUCGGAAAUAUGUAAAGAAUUCGAAAGUUCCGAGAAUGAGAGUGAAGAAAAAGUUGGAGUAGAAAAAUUCGAUUCUCAUAAAUCGUGCAACAGCACUGAGGUCAAUACUUUACCAAUGGAGGUUGAUACAAUGAUAGAAGAUAAUAGCAUUCUAGAAAUAGAAACAGAGAAGCCUAUUUUAUUUAAUAAUAAAAAAGUAUGA